AAGGGGGUUAAGUGGUGCGCUUGCUUCCGUAAAUCCUGGGAGACGAACCGACUGCAGUCGAGUACUGCUGAUCGGAAUGCGCGUCGGCUUCGAGCCGCUCCGACCAGACGCCGACCGUCAGUUUUAAGGGAAUUCCCCGGGUCUCUGAGGAGAUUAUGAGAUGCGGUCUUAUCCGGUCCGUCGAGCACUCGCCAAGAUCGACGUCAGCACGACUUCCGGUUGAAUCGAGGGACCGCCGCCACCUAAGCCGCGCGGGGUAGAUCGAAUCGAUUAAUUCGGGGGUGAGAACUGGUAUUUUCGAAACGGUGCGGUGAUAUUUAUACCAACGAGGACGAGGCUUCCACCCUUCUCGACCGGCUGUACGGUCCGAUAACCUACAUAAAUAAUAAGUGCGCGGCCUUGACCUCACGCUGUAGGUUUAUUUUUAUUUUUAUUUUUUUACACGCGUUUCGGUAGGGCUGCUUGGUUGUGCCGAUUUUACACGAAAUCAAAUUUCCAUUCUUUUCGAGUGUUUCUCGGUUCGCGCAAAGAGGGUUAGAGAGACAUAUAUAUAUAAAUAUAAAUAGUGACGCUUGAGACUCUCGCCAAUCCGGCGCCGAAAGGAUGAGCACUUCCGGCGCUACUCCGCUGAUUCUAGCGAAAAAGGGUCACCACACCAUCGUCGAAGGCGACGGAGGCGGGGCAGCUGGCGAUGGUGAACCAUUCGUCGGUAGCAACAAUGCCGAGAAGAUGUCAGGCUACGAGACGAACCUCUACCUCUACAGUGAGGAAAUGGAGGACCGGCCGCGGAUAUCAACGUUGCUCAACAGUCUCGCGAACUACAGCAACACGAUACCAGCGGCGACGGACCCUGACAGCAAAUCGGCACAGGCCGCGGGUGGUGGGGCCCGAAUGGGGACGUUGAUCGGCGUCUUUCUUCCCUGCAUCCAGAACAUCUUUGGCGUGAUACUCUUCAUCAGGUUGACAUGGGUCGUUGGUACCGCCGGGGCAAUCCAAGGCUUCCUCAUAGUGCUCUGCUGCUGCUGUGUCACAAUGUUGACGGCAAUCAGCAUGAGCGCCAUCGCCACCAACGGCGUGGUUCCAGCUGGCGGUUCUUACUUCAUGAUAUCACGAAGUUUGGGCCCGGAAUUCGGAGGCGCGGUCGGCAUGCUUUUUUACAUGGGAACCACCCUCGCGGCAGCCAUGUACAUCAUUGGUGCUGUUGAAAUCGUCUUGACAUACAUGGCACCGGGGAUGAGCAUAUUCGGGGAUUUUACGAAAGACGCCAGUAUAAUGUACAACAAUUUCCGAGUCUACGGUACUGGGCUGCUGAUGGUGAUGGGAACGAUAGUGUUUAUCGGUGUUAAAUUUGUAAACAAAUUUGCCACGGUCGCUCUGGCCUGCGUAAUAUUUUCGAUAAUCGCCGUCUACGUCGGUCUGUUUUACAACUUCAACGGAAGCGAAGCUCUCAAGAUGUGCGUGCUCGGCAAGCGGUUAUUGAAGGAUCUGAAGAACGUCACUGGAGGCUGCAAGUCUGGACCAGACGGAGAGCUGCACGCUAUAUUCUGCAACAGUUCCGGCUGCGAUCCGUAUUAUAAAGCUCACAAGGCCGAAGUAAAAAACGGAAUCCGCGGAUUGGCCGAUGGAGUUUUCAUGGAGAAUCUAUGGGACAGUUUUCUGGAAGAAGGCCAAUUCCUUGCCUACGAUAACGAGCCGGAACACGUCAACACCCUGGGUGGUCCAAGCUAUAAUCAAAUUCAGGCCGACCUCACGACGACCUUCACUAUUCUAAUUGGAAUUUUCUUCCCCUCGGUAACAGGUAUAAUGGCCGGAUCUAACAGAUCGGGAGAUCUUGCGGACGCUCAAAAGUCGAUACCGAUCGGAACGAUAUGCGCGAUUUUGACAACCUCGACGGUCUACCUUUCGACCGUCCUUCUGUUCGCCGGUACAGUGGACAACCUCCUGCUGCGUGACAAGUUCGGUCAGAGUAUCGGGGGCCGUUUAGUAGUGGCGAACAUCGCCUGGCCGAACGAGUGGGUGAUAUUGGUCGGAUCUUUCCUCUCGACUCUGGGGGCCGGUCUCCAGUCGUUAACCGGGGCACCUCGACUACUCCAGGCGAUCGCCCGGGACGGGAUAAUCCCGUUCCUUUCACCGUUCGCGACCAGCUCGAGCAGAGGAGAGCCAACGAGGGCGUUGCUGCUGACGGUGGUGAUAUGCCAGUGCGGAAUCCUCCUCGGGAACGUCGACUACCUGGCCCCCCUCCUCUCGAUGUUCUUCCUCAUGUGCUACGGGUUCGUAAACCUCGCCUGCGCCCUCCAGACGCUCCUCCGCACACCGAACUGGCGGCCAAGGUUCAAGUACUAUCACUGGAGCCUCUCGUUCCUCGGGCUAUCGUUAUGCAUCGCGAUUAUGUUCAUGACCAGCUGGUACUACGCCCUACUUGCCAUGGGGAUGGCUGGCCUGAUCUACAAGUACAUCGAGUACCGCGGUGCCGAGAAGGAGUGGGGCGAUGGUAUCCGGGGUCUCGCCUUGUCCGCCGCCAGGUACUCGCUUCUCCGGCUCGAGGAGGGACCGCCGCACACGAAGAACUGGCGGCCGCAGAUCCUGAUCCUCUCUAAACUGACCGACGACCUGGUUCCGAAGUACAGGAAGCUCUUCGCCUUCGCCAGUCAGCUGAAGGCCGGCAAGGGUCUGGCGAUUUGCGUCAGCUGCAUCGGCGGCGAUUACGCCAGGUCCUCCGGCGAGGCGAUGGCCGCCAAACAGAGCCUCAGAAAGACCAUGGACGAGGAGAAGGUCAAGGGAUUCGUCGAUGUUCUCGUCGCCCGCAGCGUCGUCGACGGGCUUAGCUGUCUCAUUCAGACCACCGGACUCGGCGGCAUGAAACCCAACACCGUCAUCCUCGGCUGGCCCUACGGCUGGAGACAGUCGGAGGACGAGAAGACCUGGAAGGUAUUUUUGCAGACGUUGCGCAGCGUCACCGCUGCUCGCAUGGCACUGCUCGUUCCCAAAGGGAUAAACUUCUUCCCUGACUCGACGGAAAAGGUCGUCGGAAACAUCGAUGUAUGGUGGAUCGUUCACGACGGUGGUCUUCUUAUGCUGCUUCCAUUCCUUCUCAAACAGCAUCGUACUUGGAAAAAUUGCAAGAUGAGGAUCUUCACCGUCGCACAGAUGGAGGACAAUUCUAUACAGAUGAAAAAGGAUCUAAAGAUGUUCUUGUAUCAUUUAAGAAUCGAGGCUGAGGUCGAAGUUGUCGAAAUGAUGGACUCGGAUAUUUCCGCAUAUACCUACGAGCGUACGCUGAUGAUGGAACAGAGGUACCAAAUGCUGCGAGAACUUCGUCUGAACAAAAAGGAGUCCUUGGGAGUCGGGCAGACAUUGGUGGACUUCAACGAGGUACAAGCAAUUGUCGACCACCACCACAAUGUCGACGUUAAAACGGCUACAAAGGUCAGGUUCCAAGAGCCGACAAGCCAGCCAGCCAAUAAAGCCAAUGGUCUCGAUGAGGCUCAGGAAAAAUUGGUACAGGAAACUGAACUGAACACGAAGGAACUAGAAGCCGGUGAUUCAGGAGAAAAGGAUGAAGAUGUCAAGGAAAACGCAGAGGAAACAGCUCACCUCGUCGGGGGAUCUCCCAAAGAAGAUAACAGAGAAAACAACGCAAAAGAGGCAAAGGAAUGCGAAGCUGACACCAAGACAGCGAGUCCAGACCACACAGAGCCUGAACAAUAUGUUCCAGAUGAGGGCAAUGUGAGACGAAUGCACACCUCUGUGAAGCUGAACGAAGUGAUCGUCAACAAGAGUCACGACGCUCAGUUAGUGAUCUUGAAUCUGCCUGGUCCACCGAGGGACACGAGGAUGGAGAGGGAGUCAAACUAUAUGGAGUUCCUCGAAGUAUUAACAGAAGGCCUUGAGAGAGUGUUGAUGGUGCGAGGUGGGGGCCGAGAAGUGAUCACCAUAUACUCGUGAACGGAACUGGAGGAGUGGACCAGAUAUAAAAUAAAGUUUUCACCAAUAUCAGCCCUGAGAAAGUUUGUUCUUCAAACCGUACUUACAAUGAUACUACUCGUACUUGUACCGAUGUCGUCACGCGUAGCGUCGCACUAUAAGUUAAUUACAUACUAUACGAUUAUUUCGUAUUGUUUUUAUAUUGUUUAUUUGUUUACGAGAUUAUUUCUCACGAUUGCAGUAGAAGUUAUUAAAGUAGUAGUAUGUUAACUUCGUCGAAUUAUACGAAGUUAUAUAUACAAUAGACAAUCUAGUUGAAAAGAGGACUAUUAAUUUACGUCGCAUUUUGUAAUAGCGUCAAUUUACUACUGUGCGAAUUUCGGCUGUAACGCAGCUGGUCGCCCGCUGCUGAUACAUGCCCCGAACUAGGCAAUAGUUAGUUUUUAAACUUCGACUCGUUUCGAGUACAUUGUACAUGCUCGCGCUAAAACGAAAAUCAAAAUUGUUCGGAGGCCAGGGUCGAAGCAUUUGUAAAACCAGCCACGAUGUAUGUAUACAUGGCAAACACGUGAUACAUAUACUGUAUUAUAAAUAUGUAUAUGCGCAUCAGACUUCUUGAAAAUGCUUCGGAAUUAGCCAAAGACAUGAACAAGAGAGGCUCACUUUUCUACAUGCGUUGUCGUUAGAAUGGUAAAAUAUUAUAUUAUUACGAUACACGUAGUUAGACUUCUACUGCUUGUAAAUGGUGUCUAGGAUCUAGUCUCUAGAAUCUACAAAGUCUAGAAGAGUAUUAGGAAUAUGUCUCAUAGCCAUGCCAUAUAGUGGAUGUCCAAGUAUGCUUUAUUAACGAUAAUAGAUACUUGAUAGCAUUGAAAUUUUAUUUACGAUGUCGUUACGAUUUUCAUCAAGACAACUCAAUUAUUUUUUUUUCCGUCUAUUCCUAAUCACUCUUUAUCUAUCACAUUUUAUAUUUAAAUACGCGAACUCAUCUUCAUCCUAUUGUUUCACUCGCUGUACUAUAACUACCGUGAACUUUACCGGCCAUAAUACUGUAACAAUAACUUUGACUAACUAAUAAUCAAAUCUCGUCUAUAAAUUAUAGUUAAAUACAUGUAUCCGUUGCGCAAAAAUUAAACAUCUUGUGAAAUGCGGUUUGGCAAACCAAGAGCAACCUCCAAUGUAAGUCAGAUCGCGAAAUCAGUCAAAUGCGACGUGUUCACACAGGUAAGGAAUUAGAAUUUUAUCGUCAAAACGAGUAGAGGACAUUAAUGAAAAAAAGAUUAAUUCAAUUCGGUGUCGUUUGCAUGCCAUCAUAUUGUUAUAGUAUAUGAUUAUAAUAACACUGUUACACGAAUAUUCGUACGCAGCGUACCUCAACGCUCGAUUAUUAUUGACUCGCGUCACCGUUAGUUUCUAUGUGAAGCGAAUCUGAUGUAGUAAUGAAAAUCAGUCGCAAGAUUUCUUCUAGUAGUUAUCUAUGAAAAAGACAAUUGUUAUGGAUCACAUAAUUAUAUGAUUAUUAGAGCAUUGGGAUCUACUUGAAAUAUAUACAUAUAUAUAAUAACGGUAUCUGCAGUCAAGCAAAAUUUCUAAUAUAACGUGGUAAAAAUAUAUAUUAUACAUAUAAAAAUAAUUAUAUAUUAUUUUAAUCGCAAGCCCUAACCAGGUAUGACGAUAGCCAAUCGGCUAAGAGAAAUUCUAAUUCAAGUUUAAAUUACUCAAUAAGUAUAUAAAUAAAUAUAUUUCAGAAGCAUAAGACGUACGUACUAUAAACGAAAUCUUAUCGAUGUAAAGUGUACGAACUUUUCAGCAAUAGUAUAGCUAGGAACACGAACAAAAAAAAAAAAAGAAAAAACUUACUGCGAUAAGAAACUUAAAUCCGAAUGAAUUAUGAGUAUAAUAUACUAAUAAACGUUAUAAUAUAAGUGAAAUUAUGGGUGUGUGUUUAUAUAUGUAUGUAUAUAUAAAUAUAUAUAAAAACAUUUAUGUAUAUAUAUAUAUAUGUAUAUAGACAUAAAUAUGAACAUACAUAAAUAAUACGCUAAAUAAUAUAUAAUAACGAUCGUGAAUAAUUCUUACACACGUUGAAAAUCAAACACCUUAAAAUUAUAUUCUAACACAGUCGUGAUCACUACAAUUUUACGUGAUAUUCCAAGUCAUAUUUCUUUAUUAUGUUUACACAUAGUUGAAGAAAAGGCAAAAUCUCGAAUAGUAGUCACUGCGUCAUUCUUGAUCCUUUUAUCAGGCUUAUCUAUCCGCAAGGGAACGAAUCUCGCCCACAUCAUUUACAUUACCUUGCCAAUAAGUCAACGUCACAUAUUACGAUACAAUCAUUACCAGUCAAUGAAAGUGGUUUUUAUACAUGUCAAAUUAUUAUUAUUAUUAUUAUUAUUAUUAUUAUUAUUACUAUUAUUAUUAUUAUUAUCACUGUUAUAAUGUUAUUGAUUGUUCCGUGUUUAAUUUUUAUUUUUUAUUUUAUAUUACGAAAAAUCAUGACAGAAUAUUUUGCAGUUUUUCUAAUUAAACACGUAGAUUCAUUACGAUAACGUGAUUAUGAAGCCGUAUGUGUUAUAUAUAAAUGAAGAAAUUUAAUAAAUUCUUAAUGUAUUAAUGAAGAUAAAUUUAUAUUAUAUUUUGUAUAAUUUAACAUUUUAAAUGCGUUAACAAUUACAUCAGCUGCUAUUGAUUACGAAUGUAUUUUAUAUAAGUACAUGCCUAUAUAAUAGGCAUUGCAGCGUUAUAUAGAUUAUUAUUAUUAUUAUUAUACAUUUUAAAUUGAACGUUGAAAUUUACAAAGUCUGUCAAAUAUUGUUCGAAAUAAUUAUGUGUUAAAGAGUAUAUUUAUAUAUAGGUAUACACAUCUACUUUAUGCAGGGUAUAUAUAUGGUGAAAGUGGCCCGCUGAACGAGUAAAGUUUAGCUUGCAUCUUGCAUUGCCGCUGUCGAACAGGCCACCUUUACCAAAUAUUAGCCAUAUAAUAGUAGCAGUACAUAUGUAUAUAAAUAUAUGUGUAUAAUGUUAUUAUAUUGUGUAGAUAGUUUAUAGAUGAAAAAUGCGUGCAUAAACAAUGUCAAGAAUACAGCUGAUUCACAUGAAAUUAAUUAUUCUGUUUCACAUCUUUGUGAUAAUUUUUCCGUGUUUCUUCCUCAGCCUUUGCGCGUUCACUCGGCACAUUAUUACUUCUCUACAUGUAAUUGAUCGAGCCUGCUUUUUGAUAUAUUUUAAUUUCACCAACGUGUGAUUUAAUUUCGAUUAAUGGCAUGUUCGUAUUUGUUAAUAAACUACAGCACAAGGAUACCUACAAUACACGUAUGUACACGUAUAAUUUGUAUACACACAGACACGAUAUGAAUUAUGAUGUAUGUAUGUUUAAUUAGGUAUAUGAUCUGUAGAAGAAACAGCGAAAAACACUCGCUGUUAAUGAAUAAUUAUUGUAACUGUAUAUCGAGUACUGCGUUUGUAAAUUACGGAGAUAAAAAAAAAAAAAAAAAAAACUGAGAAACAAUACGCAAUUUGGGAAUAAAUUAAAUCACCUCUAGGCUGUGAGACGCGAGCUGAGCAGCGAUAAUCUAGCUCGAAAACCUCAAUCAUAUGUGUCAAAUAAUAAUUCUAUACCUUUAAUGUAUACCUCCGUACACUAUUAUUAUAGUACACUCAUUUUUGCCGGAAAAAUAUUUCAACCCGUGGGGGCAAACGUUCGUUUCAAUACUUCGGCGUUAUUGUAGUCGAUAUUAUAGCAUCGCGUGAAUAAUAAUAAUAUAAUGUGUUCCGCGGUUCCGAAUGCCGCUAAGGGGAUGAAACAUUAUCUUAUACAUUAUUACCAUAUGGUACAUACUACGUAUAGUAUUAAUGAAUAAUAUUAAAUGAAAAUAUUAUACCUAAAGUACAGAUAACUUUAUAAAAUUAAUUUGUAGAUAUGGACCUUAGUGAUUUGAAUUAUUAUAGCCAAUAGUCAAUUUACCGUGAAACACCUGUAACCUGUAGAGUGUAGAAACUUAUAGACAGAGAUAUAUACUUAUGAUUGAAUUGAAUAAAAAAUUGAUUAUUAUUGAAAAUUAUAAUAAAAAUUUUAAAAUAAUUAACU